AUGAAAAGUUCUCCAAAUUUCAUCCUCCCCUGCCUCCUCAUUCUUUUACUCACACCAACCCAAUCCCAAACCAUCCCCAAUCCCAAACCUGAUUCAAAAUUACCCUCAAAACAAACCCCAAAUCCCGCCUCAAUUUCUCCAAACCCAAAACUCGAGCCAGACUCAAAUUCCAUUCCACCUCACCCAAAACUCGAGCCGCCGCUUUCAAACUCAACUUCGCCAAAAUCGGAACCCACACGAGGUUCGAACACAAUCUCACCGCACACAAAACCACCGAUCGAUUCACCCACGAAGUCCGCACCCGAUUCAAACUCAACUUCACCAAACAAAAAUAAUGCCACGUCACCACACGAGAAACCAACGACAGAUUCACAUACGCCAGAUUCAAAACCAAAACCCGCGCCGCCCAAAGUGACUCCCAAACCGAAAAACGCCACGUCACCAUACAAAUUCGUGAACCACUUCUGCCUGUCACGGCGGUUGGACGUGAAGGCCACCUUCUGCCUGCAGGUCCUCCGGUCGAGCGCCGCCAGCACCGAGGCGGAGGACAACCAGGCGCUCCUCGCCAUCUCAGCAGAUGCCGCCAUUAAAUUCGGGCGUAAGAACAUUGCUAUCCUGAAGAAGCUCUCGGCCGGCCGGAAGUCGGAUCUGAAGGCGGCGGUAGGGGAGUGCACGGAUGCGUAUGAUGGCUACAUCAAGCAGUUCCAGACGCUUGUGGAGGAGGCGGCGGUGGAGGCCCAGCUGGCGAGUUACGAUUCGGAGCUGGCAAAGAUGGAGAUCGGGCGCUGCGUGAGGGCUGCCAAGGAGGCGAAGAACGGCGAGAUCGAGAAGGGGAAUAAGGCGGCGCUGGAUUACGCCAGCCUCGCGCAGAGUAUUGCGGAUUCGAUUGGUUAA